GCGUAUCAACGCCUCGCGUCCGCUCUUCGUCAGCGCGAGUCAAAGGCCGAUCGAGACUGUUCGGAAGGAGUCGGACGCAGAGGAUUAACUUAAAGCGGAAUUUUAUUUUACACCUUAAAUCAAGAAAAAUCAGCGAACUUAACGUUACUGAGACCCGUGGACUUUUAAAGGGGCGGAUGGAGAGUUUAUAACCCCUUCUCUUACCAGUUUAUCGGAGCCCUGAGAGAUUUUAAUCAUCGCAUUUUUGGAGGAGGUAAUCAGUGAUUAGCUUAGCACGCUGGCGCGAGCGCGGACUGAAAUGAGCGUCGCGCGCCUCGGAUGUUCCCGCAUAGGAGCUCGCUGAAGCAGAAGGCCUCAAAUGGGAAAAACAAGCAUCGGGAGGGAAUACCAAGUAUAAUUUUGUAGAUGUAGCUUACGUUUUGAAUAAGGAUUCCUUGGACUUCACAGGCACAUCUUCAGCAUUUUUAGCUGGAUUUUAUCCUUUCCCAUCUGAAGACGGCCAUGGAAUCGACGGUCGAUGACGAUGCGAUGGAAGCGUGAAUGAGGUUUGGCGUGGCAAUAGCUGAACGAUGCCCAAGGGUGGGGGUUCUAAAACCCCCCAGCUGGAGGACUUCCCAUCCAACACCGACAUGGUGGAAAAGCAGGGUGGGAAGAAGGAUAAAGACAAAGGCUCGUCAAACAAGACUCCUAAAUUGGAUCACAGCGAUGGUGUCAAAGAGAUGAAAGAGAAAGCUCCUAAGAGGAAGCUGCCCUUCACCGUCGGAGCCAAUGGAGAUCAGAAAGAUUCUGACUCGGAAAAACAAGGUCCUGAGCGGAAGCGGAUUAAAAAAGAGCCCACUAACACCAGGAAGUCAGGCCUGCCAUUUGGGAUGGGCAUGCCAGGGAUCCGGGCUGGGUACCCCCUCUCUGAGCGGCAGCAGGUGGCUCUUCUCAUGCAGAUGACGGCAGAGGAGUCCGUAAACAGUCCAGACACAACACCAAAGCACCAGUCACAGUCAAGUCUGGGUCAGAAGGGGACACCAAACUCUGCCUCAAAAACCAAAGACAAAGUGAACAAGCGGAAUGAGAGGGGUGAGACGCGGCUGCACCGAGCAGCCAUACGUGGGGAGGCACGCCGGAUAAAGGAGCUCAUCAACGAGGGGGCUGAUGUGAAUGUAAAAGACUUUGCAGGCUGGACUGCACUGCAUGAGGCGUGUAACAGAGGGUAUUACGAUGUGGCCAAGCAGCUGCUGGCAGCCGGGGCUGAGGUUAACACCAAGGGCCUGGAUGACGACACGCCUUUACAUGAUGCGUCUAACAAUGGCCAUCUUAAAGUUGUGAAGCUGCUGUUACGAUAUGGAGGGAAUCCUUCUCAAAUCAACAGAAGAGGAGAGACUCCAUUAAAAGUGGCAAAUUCGAAAACAAUGCUUGACCUGUUGCUGGGAAAAGGCACUUACACCUCCAGUGAGGAAAGUUCCUCAGAAUCUUCUGAAGAGGAGGAUGCCCCAUCAUUUGCCCCAUCCAGCUCUGUUGAUGGCAAUAAUACAGACUCAGAGUUUGAGAAGGGCUCAAAGUUAAAAGGGAAGGGCAUGGACCCACCCAAAUCAACCACCACUCCGGUCAAGGAUGAGUACGAGUUUGACGAGGAUGACGAGGAGGAGCGUGUCCCACCUGUGGAUGACAAGCAUCUGCUCAAGAAAGAGUUCCGCAAGGAUCCCGUCAGCAAGACAAACAACUUAAUCUCCAUACCCAAGAUGGAGGUUAAAACUUAUUCCAAAAGCAACUCGCUAACACCAAAGAAGGCUGUGCGCAGGAUCCUGUCGGACAGCAACAGCUCGGACGAGGAUGACAGGACGUUGUGUUUCACACCCACGACCACACCAAGGCAAACUGCAACUCAGACCAACGUCAAGAGCCGGGACUCGACGUCGCUGAGCUCCAAGCAGCAAAAAGACAAAAAUAAAGUCAAGAAGAAGAGGAAGAAGGAGACAAAGAAUAAUGUUAGUAAGGAGGUGCGCUUUGAUAAAGUGAACGACAAGUUUUGCACAUCAGAUUCUGAGAUUGGGGACCUGGAGAGUGAGGAUGAUAAAGGAUCCAUGCAGAGUGCAAAUUGUGUAAAAGACUCUUCUACACUGAGCCUCAAAGACUCCUCUGUUUUUAGUUCUCUGUCCACCUCGAAUUCAUCCUCCACACAUGGGAGUCUGAGCUCUCAGAAACACACACAGUCUCUGGCAGAGCAGCACCCAAAGCAGUGGAGGACAGAUGGCUGGAAGACUGUGUCCUCUCCAACAUGGUCUGAUGUCAGCUCCCUCUCAGACUCAGUCAGAACAAGGCUUUCCAGCGAGUCAGACUACUCUUCUGCCGACUCAAGCAUUGAGUCUGUGAAACAGGUGAAAAAGAAAGUACAAGAUAACAGAAAGAAAAACAACACUCAUACCAAUGCGGUAGACAGAAAGAACUCUGAGUUUUACAAGAACUCGAACACAGUUGGGGCCAUUUCUAAAACAGACAAAGAUGGAAAAGUGUUGAAGAAACACAAAGUGAAACACAAACACAAAAGUAAGGAAAAAGAUAAGGCUCCAAGUGUUGUGUUGAGUCAAGACAUGAAUGAAAAGUUUGUCAAGAGCUUUUCUUUUGACUUUGAUGAUACACGGCAGAAGUCUCUCAUUGUUGAGACAGAGUCACCUUCUGAAAAUAGGGUCAAACUUUCCAAACAUGAGAAAGACCAUUUUAAGAAGGAGGACAGACUGUCAAAGGGUAAAUCAGAAGACAAGGACUGGCCAUCUAAAGAAGCUCAAAGGGUGAUCAAGGAAGAGAGGUCAAAGAAGACAAAGGAGUCCAACAAGGAAAAGGUGAGCAAAGAGGAGAGGGACAAACCUUUGAAGGCUGAGAAGGAGAGAAGCAUAAAAGACAAAGACAAGGCAAAAGAGGAGAAGCAGAAAGCCCAUAAAGAUGAUAAAAAGAAAAAGUCUAAGGAUAAGUCCCUCAAAAUUGACAAAAAGAAUGAGCAAAAAGACGACAAACAUUUUAAGUCUGAGAAAAGCAUAAAAGAAGAAAAGGAAAAGUCUAAGAGGGAUAAAAACAUCAAAGAAGACCCUGAUUAUGAAGACUUUGACUUAAAAAAUCACCUACUAGAGGACACCAAGAUGAGUGCGUCCGAUGACCCCCAUGAUCGGUGGCAGUCAGAUAUGUCUUCUGACAGUUCGCUUUAUGGAGAUGAUAGCUGGGACGCUCCUGUAAAAGAAUACAAAGCAAAUAAUGCGGUCAAGUUAAUUGUAGAAACAGUGAAGGAGGAAAGCAGGGAUAGAAAAAAGGAAAAUAAGGUCAAAGAUAAAAAGCCAGAUCAUGGAGAAAAACGUCCAGACAAGGAAACUGCAUCAAAGAAGAGAGACAAGGAAUCCUCUGAAAAGAAUGCUGAAAAGAAAAAAGACUGGACCGAAAAACAAAAGUUUAAUUCUGGUCAGUCGCUGGAAAAGGAGAAGAAACGAAAAGAAUCAGCAGAGGGUGUCAAAGAGAAGAAAGAGAAGGAUUCUGUGGAUGGCACCAGAGACAGAAAAGAUUCCUAUGAGUUUACUAAAGAAAGGAAAGACUCCAAAACAAAACAAGAAUCUUUGAGAGAUGACUAUGGGAGUGAGGGCUUCUUUAAAGACAAAGCAGAGAACGAAACCACUUGUAAGUCUGACCCCAGGGAGAGGAACCACUCUGGAAAGGAAAGGGAGAAGAAAAUGGAUGGUGUGGAAAAGAAAGAGAAGUCCAAAGGAGAAAAACACAAGGACAAGCCUAAGGACAGAAAUUUGGAUCAGGAAAAGGAGAAACCUGAGAAAAACUCAAUUGAUAGGUCAAUGAAAGAGAAAGAUCCAGAAAGGGCCUCCAAAGAAAAGCGAGAUGCGGUUAAAGAAAAGCAUAAAGAUUCUCAUAGCAAAGAAAAAGAAAGGAAGAUGUCAUCUGAACAGAAUAAAGAUAAGAAAGAAAAGACAUCCCAAGACAAACAUGCUGAUAGAGACAAAGAUUUAUUGGAGUUUAAGAAAGAAGAGAGAAAACCUGAAAAGGUGAGAGAGAAGACAUGGUAUACAAUUGCAGAUAUUUUUACAGAUGAGAGUGAGGACGAAGAUGACAAUUAUAAUGGGGGUGUUGCAAAAUUUAGUGACUCUCUUGGACUGUCAGAUUCGCACAGGAAAGAUUCCACGCCUGACAGAGAUGAAAUGGAUAAUUUCCAAACAGAUAAAAAUAAGAAAUACUCUGAGGGGAAAACACAUUCCACAGAAAAACAAAAAGACAAGGAACAUAAAGAUAAGAAGAAAGAGAAGGCAGCAUUUGAUGCUGGAAAAGAGAGAAAAGCCUCCAUGGAAAAACACAAAGAUAAAAAGGACAAAGAUUCAACCGACACUAAACACAAGGAACGUAAGGACAGAGCAUCUGUGGAUUCAAAUCAAGACAAGAAAAGCAAGCAGAAACUUCUCGACAAGAGAGACGUCAGUGAAGAAAAGGGCAAAAAUAAAUACAAAGACAAGACAGAGCACUUAAAAGAACGCAAAUUUUCAAAGGGGAGUGGUGAAAAUGAGAAAUCCUUGUUGGAGAAACUUGAGGAGGAAGCGAUGAAUGAUUAUAAAGAUGAUUCCAAUGAUAGAAAUAGUGAAAUUUCAUCAGACAGUUUCACAGACAGAGGUCAUGAGCCUGUUCUAAGCAGCUUUUAUGAUUCCUCCAACAUUAGCAUACCCGACAUUUCCGAGGAGAGAAGAGAGUCUAUCUCAAUCUCUAAUGCACAGGACAAGUUCCGAGAGAAAGAGAGGCAUAGACAUUCAUCUUCUUCAUCAUCCAAAAAGAGUCAUGACAAAGAAAAGGAGAAAGUCAAGAAAGAAAAGGGGGAGAAAAAAGAUAAGUCAGAGGAGAUCAGAGAAUCCUAUGGCCGCAGAGAAAGCUUGCCCUUUGACAAAGAGCCCAUGCCUUUGGAGGCCGACCCUUACACUUUUCCAUAUGGUUCCAAAGCUGAUGGUGAGGAUGACUUGGAAAAAACUCUGGAGUUUGAGAAGGAGAUGUCCAAAAAGGACAAAACAAACAGUGUCAUCAACAGUGAGAAAAUAAAAGACAAAAAGAAGAAAGAGAAACACAAGGAAAAAGUGAAAGAAGAAAAGCAUAAAUAUUCUGAUGGUUUUGGCUCCCUGAGGCACUCAAAAGAGGAACAGAAAUCUGGAUUGAAGGAAAACACUCAAGUCACAAGUCUUAAAGAGAAAUCUAAAGAAGACAAUUCUAAAUUUGAUGGGAAAUAUAAGGACAGAAAUAAAGAUAUCAUGGAUAAAGAGAGAACAGAUGUCAAGGCAAAGGUCAAAGAUGAGAACGACAAAUUCAGCCAGUCAAAAGAGACAGCUCGAAAAGACAACCGGCCUCGUGAAAAGCUGUUGGUUGAUGGUGAUCUUAGACUAACAAGUUUUGGGAAAAUGCUUAGUUUAAAAGAUCAGGAGAUUGAAGAGCGCCAUAAAAAGCACAAGGAGAGAAUGAAACAGAUGGAAAAACUGAGGCAUCGUUCAGGCGACCCAAAACUCAAAGAUAAAACUAAGUCAACUGAGGAACUAAAGAAGAACCGCAGUGAACUCUCCAAAAAAUCUGCUUCAGUGGAAACUGCUUUGAAAGAGAAAAAGAUAAAAGAUAUUUGCCUUUCAACCCAAAUGAUGUCACCUGAUAGAAAACCACAACCUAUGGACAGCCAGAACUCAAAAGACUGGCUCGCUGGCCACCAAAUGAAGGAAAGUCUUCCUGCAUCUCCACGACCCGACCAGAACAGACCAACAGGUGUCCCCACCCCAACAUCUGUGAUCUCAUGUCCAAGCUAUGAGGAAGUCAUGCAAACUCCACGCACUCCAUCCUGCAGUGCAGAGGACUAUCCUGACAUCAUGUUCGAGAGUCUUGAGUGCCAGAAUUCCUCAGCAACAACCAUGUCCAUGAAUGCCUGCUCUCCAUUCUUUGACAGAUAUUCGAACUCGUCAAGUAACUUCCAGGAGGGAACAUGCAUAACACCAGCAAAGAACAUGCAAUUACCCCUUGUGAGUCGGUCUGUCACCUCUGAUGUCAGAAGACCUCUUGAGAUUGAGUUCAAAGUAGAGGCAGAUAAGUUAAGACAGCAGCAUAUACUAGAAGGCACAGCAUUUGAGUCUUCAGCGUCACAUCUUUCUGAGGACAAGAUGGCAGCUGACCGACUUAAUUUCAUUUCCUCUUCAUUCUGUUUAUCACCUAUUGACAUGAUGUCUCCCAGGCCUGACCCACCCCUACCAGAUGAUGUACCAUCUACUGUAAAUUCCAUCAGUGAUGGCAUUGAACACACAGGGAGUGUCUUUAACAACUAUCUCAUGAAGCCCUCAACUCCAGUCCAUAGACCUGACCCCCAGGAGCCUUGUCUGGAUAUUGCUGCUCCCCCAACUCCAGCCCCUGCUGCCCUGCCUCCCAUGGACAUUGAUGAUCUUUCAGAGCCCCACCAGAGUGGACCCGGUCUAACACCAGCCCAUCCUGUUAGUGGAAGUGACUACUUUCCUCCUGUUGUUGAAGAGCAAGAAGAUGAUGAGGAAGAAGAUGAUGAUUUUGUUGAGGAUGCCAGAGGUCACCAUGCUGAAGAGGAUACCAUCCAAUCUAGAGAUGAUCCUGCUUAUUCACUUGGGAUUGAGGAAUCUGACAAAAAGUCUUGGCUUGAAUCUCCAGAUAGAAGAGAUCCUGAUGUACUUCCCAUAACACCAACCCAUCUUCAAGACAACUACACGGACAACUCAGGUGAUCAGUCCUUAGGCUGGAAUUCAGAAGUGAUAAUGAAAUCACCUCAUGAGAGUUACAGAGAGGUCGAGGCAGCUGUCUCAAAGAUUAGCAGUCCCUAUUCACACUCUGAUUGUGAAAUGCAGCAUAUGCCAGGUGUAAUGCCUGUGACACCACCUCACUCUACUUAUUCAACAGCUUACUGUCCAACACAAAUAUCUGACUCUCAUUAUGAGCUCCACAAAGACACAGUGGAAGACAUUCAAUCACCAGAAAGACCUGUAACGGAGGCAUUGGAGACAGAAUCGUCUCAACUAGAAACUUUCUUCACUGAUUGCAAACCAAUUCCUGAGGAAGCUCCGAUGGACAUAGAGCCCUCAUGUAUGAUGAAAGACAAUGGACAAGAUUCUCCGCCCUAUGCUGCAGAGAACAGCAUGCCUGUAGCCCCACCAGUCAGCCAAGAACCUGUUGUUUCAUGGGCAGAUCCAUUCUCUGUUGCAGCUGAUGAAAUGGAUGACAUGGGUCCCUUCUCAAUACCAGACCUUCCUUUUCAAGAGAAGGAGAUGCAGGAUCCGGAUAUAACAGCCCCAGAGACUGCAGAGAGUAAGGAGACAAGACCUCCAGUCAUUGAGACAAACGAAAAUGAUAUAAUUGAUGUUGGCCUGCCAAGUUUGUCCAAUGCACCUUGUUCUCCUGCAGUUGUACCUCCAACUGAAUCUGAUCAGGAUUUGAUCCCCCCAAUAAGUGACAAUGACUAUAGACCACAGUGUGAGUUGGAGCCAGAGCCUCAGAACUUCCCAGAUGUUCCUCCCAUAAAAGAAGCAAUUCCAGAGGAGAGGAGAGCAUUUGAAGAAGGGAAUGAAAACAACAGUAACUUGUUCUCUACUGAAAGUGAAAAGGACCAUGAAUACAGGAAAAAGGAAACAACCCCAGACUCCAUGAUGCCAUCUGUUAUGGUACAAUACUUGGAUCUACCAGUCACCACAAAACCACUUUCAUUAGGACAAAAUCCUGUGGUAGCUUUGGGUCCCUCAUGUAGCCCCCAUCCUUCUGUUCAGGUCCCAACUGUCUCAGUGCCUAGCAGCACCCAAGUAUCAGAGGCACUUGAAACAACCACCAAGUUGUCAGUGGCCAUACCAGUGUCUGAGGCACCCAAGAAAAUUGAGGAAAUACCUCAGAGGAUGACCCGGAAAAAGGCUCAGAUGCUGGCCAAUCAGAACAAGCAGAGUGCUGCGCUAAGCUCGUCAAGCAUCACCUGUUCGGUAUCGUCCUCAUCAGUCACCACAAGUGUGACCACCUCUUGUGUGACUGUAGAAAAGGAGAAAGAGCCCAUCAGCUCCACCACAACUCAAACAUCUACUCCUGCCCCUGCACUAAUCACCAAAACAAAAGGUAGGCCUGUUGAGGAUGACGACAACCAGUCCCAACAUCCACGCAAGAGGAAGUUUUCAAAAUCAGGCCAGCAACAGGUGCAAGUUCAGCUUGUGAACACAGCAAUGAAGCAGACUCGGGAAAUGAUACAGCAGACACUGGCAGUCAUUGUCAAUGCCAUCAAAUUAGAUGAAAUAGAGCCAUACCACAGUGACCGUUCCAACCCUUAUUUUGAGUACCUCCAGAUCCGCAAGAAAAUUGAAGAAAAGCGGAAGAUUUUGUGCUACAUAACACCUCAAGCUCCCCAGUGUUAUGCAGAGUAUGUGACAUACACAGGAUCCUAUCUACUUGAUGGCAAGCCUUUGAGCAAGCUUCAUAUUCCCGUGAUUGCUCCACCCCCAUCUUUGUCGGAGCCUCUGAAGGAGCUGUUCAGACAACAAGAGGCAGUGAGAGGAAAACUAAGACUGCAGCACAGCAUAGAGAGGGAGAAGCUGAUUGUAUCUUGUGAGCAGGAAGUGCUUCGUGUUCAUUGCAGAGCAGCAAGAACGAUCGCAAAUCAGGCCGUUCCCUUCAGUGCUUGCACAAUGCUUCUCGACUCAGAAGUCUACAACAUGCCAUCAGAAAGCCAGGGGGAUGAAAACAAGUCUGUGAGAGACCGCUUUAAUGCUCGACAGUUUAUCUCCUGGAUUCAAGAUGUGGAUGAUAAGUACGACCGCAUGAAGACGUGUUUGCUAAUGCGGCAGCAGCACGAGGCGGCUGCUCUGAAUGCAGUGCAGAGAAUGGAGUGGCAACUCAAGGUACAGGAGCUGGACCCCGCUGGACACAAGUCUCUGUGUGUGAACGAGGUCCCCUCCUUCUAUGUGCCAAUGGUCGAUGUCAACGAUGACUUUGUACUGUUGCCUGCGUGACACCGACACACAUUCAGACUCUGAGAGUUCGGUCUAACAUUAUUCAUCUGUCAAAGAGACAUCAAACAAAGUUCGGUAAGGGCUAGUCAGUUUGAGGAGAUUUCUUUGAGGAGAGAAAAUAUAUAUUAUAUAGAAAAAGGUAAAUUACAAAACUCAUCCUUUUCUGCCUGAGGAGGAACCGCCUUUUUUACGGGAGAAAAAAAAACACAACUUGCACUUUUAUCCUCAAGUUUUUAUGGUUUUGUUUGGGAUUUAAAAAGCAAAACUGCUUUGAACCUUGUCCCUCCUAUCUUGGUUUAUUUGGGUGAACAUAUGGGACAGAAUUUUUCUCUGUCCCAUCCCAUACUAAGUUACAACAAACAAGGAGCUUGAGACGGGUUCAUCCACCUAUGUGCUCCAGAACCAGGGGACAGACAGCACACAGUGGUGGACACAGAACUCCGAACACGGUCAACACCUCGAUGUGCAGGCACAAAAAAGACACGCCAGAGUGUGACAGGAGUGCUAACUAACCCUCUACCUGUUUAGACCUGAGUCUAUAAUGCCUACAGCAGUGGAGAGAGUGGCUUUCCUGCUGUACAGCGCCCCGUGCGGCCCCACGUUCAGGGCAGGAAGCCGCAUGCAGCGGGCGGCAGCUCAGUAACAGAGCCGGGAGGAGAGACUGCAUUCAGUUUUAGGGCAUGAGACCUAGAGUGCCCUCACAAGGUGACAACAGUGCAUUUGGUCCCAGAUGUUGGAUCAGAAGCAUGGAGGAUGGAUGGUCCCUAAGCCAGGUCUGACAUGCCUGGAUUCAAACAACUGCAUAAGGAAAAGACUAAGGAAAGAGCAAAUGAUACUGUCAAAAAUCAACGAGACAAGGACUUAGAAGAUUAUAGUUUUCUUUUUUUUUUUUUUGGUUUGUCUUUCUUUACUUGGGCAUUUCAUCGUUCCCUUUCUGAGGAAGUGACUUGAAACACUACAGAGCCAACGUUAGUUUAAUGGAAAAAAAUACAAAACUGAAAAAAAAAAAAGUAUUCCGUAAAUGAUGUACAGUUUUUAUAAUCAUUAACCAAUGUAUUCUCGCUGCCUUCUAGAUAAUUUAUUUUGCCACACAUUACUGCACAGUUGUAAAUAACUUAUGUACUGUAACAUCACUCAGUUAAGUGUAAAAAAUAAAUGAAUAAAAGUUAUCAUUGUAUGUACAGUUCACUUUCGGGCAGCACUUCCCCCCCACCAUACAAACACACCACCCCCGCCAAAAGGUGUACGCAUCGUCAGUAUUUUCAAGACUUCCAUGCAGCGGUCCUUAAGGUUUCUGUCCAAGGCUAGUCAAAGUAAAUCUAGAUCGUCAUCACCACCAUCAUUAGGAAACACCAUUUCUCCUGAUUACUCUGUCAGGGCCAGGACCAUAGUUUUCAGAUGUAGCAGAGUGAUUAUGGAUUUAUUUAAAGAAUAGCAGAGGUAUAUUAUUCAUCGUUUUAUUACACAAGUAUAUAUCUUUAAAAAGUAUAAACCAAGAAAAUGCCUUUAUACAGUUAACGUCUCUGAUUUCUUCUAAAGCUGCACAAGUCAUAGGUUGGAAAGGACGUGAUUUGGAGCCUACUUCAUUUGGGUCUGUCUAAAUAGAAAAGCAAGCAAUGAACAGUAUAGUACAUUUUUGGAAUUCAUUACCCAUCGUACAAUUAGAAUCAUGGAAGUUUUUGUUUUGUGUGUGAUGUCACAUUCGUUAUUAAGACACGAAACUGCGCGUUUCUUUUAAUCCCCCUCACAUACCCUCUCUUCAGCACUAUACAACCGUUCUGAACGAUCUUCGCAAUUAGGAGUUUGGAAAUCAGCAUGAAAUAUCACCCUAUUAUCUGUAGGUUCCAUUCCUGCGGUUUUUUGUUUUUAAAUGUUAAAUGUUUUUUUUAAAUGUUAGGUUUUACAAAAGCAAGGUUCUAAACAUUAUCUGCAACUAAGAGAAAAUGGGUUAUUUCAUCAGACAAACGUUUUGCAUUCCUUCACUCAGUCACUAAGCAAUUUUGAAUUAGUUGUUAAUUUGUGUUAGAAGUAAUGUCUUGGCACGCUCCGUUAUUAGCAACGUACUGAUACGGACUUUUACAGAUCACAAUAGCAUGAAAAAAACACACACACACCUCCGUUCCUGGAUUUACUAUGUGUAUACAUGGGCUUUCAGACUGUUUUUCCAUAUUUAACAUUUUUGUGAAUCUCCCGUCACAGUAUUUUUUUUUUUUAUGCACCAAUGUCAUUUAUUCUCUGAUUUUGGUUGUACAUUUACCAUAUGAAUACAUUUUACAGUACAUUUAGAUGUUUGCAUUCAUCAGUAAACGGAGGAGACUGAAAUGUGUUUUGAUAUUUUACUCUUUCUCAUUACAUGCCUGUACUUCAGUGUGAGGUUGUGUGAUGUUUGCUUACCCAUCCAGGCUAGAGUUUAUUUGAUAUUGUUUCCCAUGUAAGGUUGUGAGUCUGUGAAAAUCCCACAUGACGCAGUUCUGUAUGUGUGCAUUGAGUCUGGGUGCAACAGGUGUCACUAGUUCCACAGUAAUUGUUUUGGAUGACUCACGCACGUCCUGGUAUUUUGUGAGUACUGUGCAGUGCAAAACAAAAUGUCUACAAACAGAUAAUUAAUGAUGAGUGCAUAGUAUGAAUAACUUUCUGUUCAGAUUCUGUUCACUUUUAGUGCUUUCUUUUGUGGUGGGUGGUUUCUUUAACAAAAUCUGGUGUUUUUAGGUGCAUUUUUUUCCCCCAUGGAACCAAAAUAGUGACUUGUUCAUCAAAUGGUUUGUGUUUAUCAUCACUAAGCCCCUUUAUACCUAGUGUUUACACGAUGAUAUGUGAAUUUCCACUGUCCUCUGACCUGUUGAAAAUGGUUUGGGUUCCCCCAACUGAUUCAGUUUUAAAAGGCUUGAAAUUGUGAUUUGAUAGAAGGUUUAACCUGAUUUGCAUUUGGGCUUUACUAUUUAGCACUCACAAGCCAUAAAACCUUUGGACUUUUAUUUAAUAAUCACUCUAAAUAUACUGUAUUGGGACUAACUGACCAUAAGAUUGGAUGACAGAAAUCUUACACAUGCUUGCCUGUUGACUCUCUGACCUCUGUCUGCAACACAUUACCUCUACUAAGUACACAGAUUACUGAUUAUUCCAUUUAGUGAUGGGAUCGAUUGUGUUGAGCCACAAUUUCAAGCCUUGUUUUAACUAUUUUUCCUCAUUGUCCACAAAUCUAACAGAUGAUUCUUGAAAUGGAGCUAACCUAUUUAUUAUCUUUCUGACACCUGUGGUAUGUUUGAGCUGAAGGUCUCUCUCCGCUGUGUAAAUUUUCCUCUUGUAAUGCGUAAACGAGACGUUGUACAUAACUGUAAAUAAUAUUCCAGGACGUUUUGCACCCUCCUCUUUGUACUAGUCUAAACUUGCGUAGAAUGUGAGGUUCUAACAGCAACGAGACGUGUCGCGCUUGCUGCCGGUGAUGUAACAAUGUACCUUUUUUUAUUUGUACAAUGUAGUUCAAUUGUGUACAUAUUGUUGGAGCAGCUACGGGAGGGGAGGGGUUUGUUGAUGCUAUCGUCAGUGCUGUCAAAGAUCCAGUACUUUCACCUUUAGCUGUGUUGAUAUCCUGCAAUUCAAAAAGCGAGAAACUUAAAAAUACAAAAAAAAAAACUUAACGGAGAGGAAUAAUUCAAAAUUGUUAUUUUCUACACUUGCAUGUACAGAGAGCGUGAGAACUGCUGUUGUUCCUCAGAGAUUAUGUUCGUAAAUAAAUUUUUGAAAUGA